AUGUCCGCAUCCAAGGCCUCGACAUCAACUCAGCCCAUGGACGAAGAACCAGUAUUAAGAGUCUUCAAUUCCUUAACGCGUACAAAGGAUGUAUUCAAGACUAAAAAACCUAAACACAUAGAUUGGUAUAAUUGUGGACCAACAGUUUAUGAUUCGAGUCAUAUGGGUCAUGCUAGGAAUUACCUUACGCAAGAUAUCAUUCGAAGGAUAUUGAGAGAUUAUUUUGGGUACAAUGUUAAUUUCGUUAUGAAUAUCACGGAUAUUGAUGAUAAGAUCAUCCUCAGAGCAAGAGAAAAAUAUCUCCUUGAUCAAACAAAAUCUUCGAAUCCAACUCUUACACCUGGACUCAUUAAAGAUACCAGAAUAGCUUUUGGCAAAUUCUUGAGUUCAAAACUUAUCAAAUCCCUUCCUUCACCAAUCGAUACCUCUUCCACGACAGAUGAUUUAGAGAUAUUUCAUACAAUCUUAGAUAAAUACAAGACCGAUGCAACAUUUGCAGAAUCAGCUAGAACCAAAGAAGAGAAAUUCGCUUUGUAUAUUGCGAGUUUGUUAAAAGCUCACGGUGCUAUCAAAAUCGCUGAAGGGAAAUUGAAUGGAUCAAAUCAACAGGAUGUAGAUGAUUUGAUUGACGGUGCAAGUGACGUUUUAGGUCCUUAUUAUGGUGAAACCCUUGGACAUACAAUAAAAGACCCCAUAUCAGUUUCGAGAACACUAGCUUUAUACUGGGAAUCAGAAUAUUUCAAAGAUAUGGAAAGAUUAAGAAUAUUACCACCAAAUUUCAAACCCAGAGUGUCAGAAUACGUCAAUGAAAUCGUUCAAUUCGUUUCGAGAAUUAUAGAUAACGGAUUCGCUUAUGAAGCUGAAGGAAGUGUAUGGUUCGAUGUGACUAAAUUUGAUGGUGCGGAAGGUGAUGGUUUCAGACACGAAUACGCUAAAUUACAACCUGGGAGUAAAGGUAAUAAGAAAUUGAUUGAUGAAGGUGAAGGCGCUCUUACCGGUUCAAAAGGGAAAAGACAGUCCGCAGACUUCGCACUAUGGAAAGCAAAAUCAAAACCUGGUGAACCAGCUUGGCCUUCCCCUUGGGGAGAAGGUAGACCAGGUUGGCAUAUAGAAUGUUCUGUUAUGGCUUCUGCUAUAUUAGGAAAAGGAAUGGAUAUACAUUCAGGUGGUGUAGAUUUGAUGUUCCCCCAUCAUGAUAAUGAGUUGGCUCAAAGUGAGGCAUAUCAUGGAUGUCAGCAAUGGGUGAAUUACUUCCUGCAUACGGGUCAUUUACAUAUUGAAGGUUUGAAAAUGAGUAAAUCGUUAAAGAACUUCAUUACUAUAGAGGAAGAGCUAUCCCGAAAUACUGCUAGACGAUUGAGACUCGCGUUCAUGCUUCAAAACUGGAACCAGAAGCUGGACUACAGUCGUGGCUUGAUUGCUGACACGAAAGCGAAGGAAGAGACUUUCGAUAACUUCUUCGCCAACGUGAAUGCUCGACUCUCCCAGGCUGGUUCUUCUGUUGAUGAUCAACAUGGUAUGGGAGAAGCUGAAAUCGCCCUCACAAACCAUAUGUUCGGUGCCCAACGUGACUUCCACUCUGCCCUUUGCGAUUCCUUCAAUACUCCUUCAGCCAUCCAAGUACUCCUUGAUCUCAUUGCCAAGACAAAUAUAUAUUUCUCCGCUCGAGCAAGAGACGCUAAUCUCGGCGUCGUCACGAACGUUGCCGAGUGGAUAACAAGGAUGUUGAGGAUGUUUGGACUGGGUGAAGGGGCUCCUGCGAAGAAUAGUAUAGGAUGGGGAUUAGCUGUUCAAGGUGGAGACGAUGCGCAAAAUGGAUCAGACACUUCAGCACAAGUUGAACCAUGGGCAAGAGCAAUAUCCUCGUUCCGAGAUACCGUACGAAAAUUGGCCAUGGACAAAUCUAUCUCUUCUGAUCAAUUGUCAAAACAGAUCUUAGCUCUUUCAGAUAGGUUUAGAGACGAAGAAGCUGUUAAUCUUGGACUACAAUUAGAUGAUGGACAAGGAAAUGACGGAGGAGCAUUGUGGAAGAUUGUCGAUCCAUCUUCUUUGAUAUCGGCGAGAGAAGAAAAGAGGAAGAUAAUAGCUGAAAAACAAGCCAAGAAAGAAGCUUUAGCCAAAGCAAAUGAAGAGAAAAGAAUUGCAUUGCUUGAAAAAGGUAAAAUUUCACCUAAAGAUAUGUUCAAACCACCUCAAGUACCCACAGACUUAUAUUCAGAAUGGGAUGAUCAAGGUAUCCCAAUAAAAGAUGUGGAAGGUAAAGAAGUCUCGAAAAGUGCACAGAAGAAAUCCUUGAAAGAAUGGAAAAUUCAAGAGAAGUUACAUGAGAAUUAUCUGACAUGGAAGAAGGAACAAGAACAAGCGCAAUAA